AAACCCUCUUCCUUCCCACCUCUUUCCUUUCUCUGUCGCCAUGUCAACUAACUUUUAACUUCCCUUUCACUCCACAUUUCUUCUCCCCCCCAAUUCACCAUCUCCUCAUAUUUCCUCCUCUCUUUUCCCCAUUUCUUUAAACCCUAAAUUAAUCUCCAUCAAAAUCCUUCUCUUCUCCGAUCAGUAAUUCUCCAAACAUGCAUAACAACGACGUUAACUCUUCCUAUUUCCAAUAUUACCAACCUCUUAUUCCUAGCUCUACUCCGUCCGAUCAUCCGUACAAUCCUGCCGCCGUUCCCGUCCAGUACGCUUCAGCUCCUCCGGUGCCGUCCGACUACUCCUCUGCCUAUUCUCACGGCUCCGCCGAUCAUCGCCCAACUGCAAACCCUAUCACCCAAUCGUCAACUCAACACCAAUCUUACAAUUAUUACCCUUAUGAUCAAAAUCAAGCGUCUCUCAGUUACGAUUAUAGUACACCUAAUUACAGUUCAUCAUAUUCGUCUGCUCCUCAUUCAAUCGAAAAUAAUGGCUCAUACGGAGAACAAGGUUUUUAUGAUUCUGGUGUUUAUAAAUAUAAUGGUAGGAACGAGGAAUCUUACAGGGAAAGUCGAUCCGAGUCGAAUAUGGGGGUGAUGUUUGAUGAUUAUGGUAGGCCUAUCAAUAUUCAAAAUGGGAGGGAGAAUCAAGGACACGCGAGUAGUCGUCAAGUUGUGAAAGCAACUCCGAAGAUGGAGGAGCAACAGGAUGUUGCAGCUGGUGUGUUGAAGUUUCGCGUCAAGCUUUUAUCAGAAGGCGUAGGUCAGAGCGACAUGGAUGUGCUUUGUCAGAUUGGUCUAGAUGGGAUUCACAUACUUGAUCCUACUAUGAGCCGAACUCUGAGAAUAUAUUUAUUUGAGAAUGUGACAAAAUGGGAGGUAUUGGAUUCAUGUAUAUUUGCAUUUUGGGCCAAAAGCUCUGUUGACGUGGAACCUAGACGUAUCAGGCUGAAAUCAAAUAGCUAUACAGUGAACAAUAUCCUUGACACUGUUACAGCAGCAAGUAUUCAGAUUAAGGAGAUGGGUGAGAAUGAUAAACCUUCAGAUUCAAUCAAGGGAUCUGAGCAAGCUGCUGAGAAGAAGAAAGGCUUUGUUGACUUGAUGAAGUUGAUGAGGCCACUCAAUGAAGAGAAAGAUUUCUGGGUUCCUGAUGAAGCAGUUCGCAAGUGCACUGGCUGUAGGACAGAUUUUAGUGCUUUCAAUAGAAAGCACCACUGCAGGAAUUGUGGGGAUAUUUUCUGUGACAAGUGCACGCAAGGUAGAGUUGCCCUCACUGCUGAUGAAGAUGCUCUGCCAGUUCGAGUUUGUGACCGAUGCAUGGCAGAGGUAACUCAGAGACUCAGCAAUUCAAAGGAAGCAAUGACGAAAGUUGCUCCGUUACGAAGUCAUGAGGACCUUACAAGAAAACUCAAGGAGGAGAUGUACAAGAAGCGCAAGAUUUCAGCAGGACUUAGUUCUCAAGGAUCUAGGAGGAUGAGAGAGGUGGAAUGUCCAACCUGCACAGUCCAUUUGCAGGUUGAAGUGCCAGCUUCUGGAUCAGAAACGAUAGAGUGCAGCGUCUGCCAGCAUCCAUUCCUUGUUAAUGCUCAUUGAUCUGCAGAGUUUCCUUUUGUAAUAUUCCUGUACUAAAAGCCAUUUUGAUUGUCCUUUAACUUUAUACCCACAGUUCUCAAAGAGUAUCACGCUCUUUACUGUGUAAUAUUUGUAUUAUACUCUUUUUCCCUAAUGUAUAUUACAAAAAGGGUUACAGUUAUAUCAUCUGUAUUGCACUUGACUUGAUUUGGGAAGUAACCUUAGAUAAUGGUUUGUUGAUAGA